AUGACAACAAUAGAUACUCGAAAUUUUCAAGAUACAAUUGAACUCAUAUCAAUUUAUGGAGUUCAAAAAACGAAACAAAGAAUUGAUCAUAUGAUUAUUAAAGGAUUUUUUGCUGGUGUUCUAUUAUCAUUUGGUGGUCUACUUCUCUUAAUUGUAGGUGGUGGUAGUACUCCAAUGAUUCAAAAUUUUGGUCCUAGUAUACAUAAAUUGUUACAAGGUAUUGUAUUUCCUAUUGGUCUCGUUCUAAUAGUUAUAACUGGUGCUGAUUUAUUUACUGGUAAUACAAUGAUAUUAAUAGUAUCAACAUUACAUAGAAAAACAACUUGGUUUGAUCUUAUUUUAUCAUGGAUAAUUUCAUUUUUUGGAAAUCUUAUCGGUUGUUUAUUUUUUCAAUAUAUACUUGUUUAUUAUGCAGGUCUUCUUUCUAAUGAUCCAUAUCGUUUAUUUACUAUACAAUUAGCUGAAACAAAAGGUAAUAUUAAAUGGUAUGAAAUAUUUUUACGUGGUAUUGGUGGUAAUUGGCUUGUAUGUCUUUCAUUAUGGUUAGCUUCAAGUGCACGUGAAUUAUAUUCAAAAAUUCUUGGUAUUUAUCUACCAAUAUGUGUUUUUAUUGUUGUUGGAUAUGAACAUUCAAUUGCUAAUAUGUUUACAGUUCAAAUGGGUAUGAUUCUUGGUGCUAAUUUAUCUAUUGGUAAAUAUAUUUUACAUGUAUUAAUACCAGUGACAUUGGGAAAUAUUAUUGGUGGAGGAAUUUUUGUUGGUUUUGCAUAUUGGUAUCUUUCUUUACCGAAAAAAUUUAAUACGGAUAUUAAAAAUGAUGGUAUAACUUCGACAAGAGAUGUUUAUCAAAUUGUAAAACAACAUGAUGAUUUAAAUCUAUCUCAACAAGCUUAG